AUGCUCUGCAAAACAUUCUGCAUCCUUGCGACGGCGGCCCUUGCCGUCGCCACACCCGUCAAACGCCAAAGUGGCCCUUCAUGCGGCGCCAGCCGUCCACGCCCGACACUCCCCGUCAACGGGGGUGAACAUGAACUCGAGAGCCCCGGAAAGAACCUCAAGGUCAAGCACAUUGCCCUCGGUUUCGGCAUCCAAAACUACACAUGCAAUGAAGACCUCACCUCAAAGGCCACCGGCGCGCUCGCCAUGCUCUACGACGUCACACCUCUGUACCCGGGCCAGUCCGACAAGUCGCUCACCAUCGACGCCUUUGACGCCCUCCCCUCCAACACCCUCUACUCGCAGGACAUCCCUCUCAACUUUGCCCAGCCAGACGCCACCAUCGCGGGCGUCGACCAGGAGGGCUCGCCGUUCCCCGGGACUAACGACCUGGUCGUCGACGGGCUGAGCAUCCCCUUCUCCGGCCACCACCUCUUCAACGCUGACGGCGUCCCUUACUUUGAGAUUGGGGAUGGGGAGAUCGACUUCUUCGCCUACAAGAUUGACAACAUCAAGGCGCCCGCCGCCGCGGACGACGGGGUCGAGGGCACUGGGACUGUCGACUGGCUGUACCUCGGUGCCGUCGACGGCAGUUUGGGCGCGACACUCGCGUAUAGGGUCCGCACCGUCGGAGGUGUUGCGCACAAGUGCACUGGUGCCGAGGAGGGGGAGAUCAGCACGGGAUACACUGCGCAGUACUGGUUCUUUGGGUGA